CACACAAUCUUUUAGUAAUCUUCUUUGUUUCUCUCUUGCCAUUCUAAACAUAGAGAAAAUCAUACACACCAUUCUCGUUAACAAUGUCAGCUUCAACAGCUCUGAAUCUUGCUUCAUUUUGCACUUCUGUAGUGAAUUCUCCUACCCAUUUUACUCAUAAACCUUCUCUCCUUUUACAUGGUACCCAGUUUUCCCAAUCACCCAACAACACUCUUUUCAAGAACUGCAGCUGGAAAUUAAGUAGAACCACUAAGAGGGCUGUUGCUGCUGUUGAUUCCUCUGAUCCUGCUGAAAAGCAAGAGACAGAAAGGAAGAAGUACCAUUUUCUUGUUGCAAAUGCCAAAUUUAUGCUGGACGAAGAGGAGCAUUUCCAGGAGCAAAUGUUUGAACGUCGUCGCCUCUAUGAAGAGCGCAGCAUGGAACCAGAUUUCUGGCUUGUAGUUGAGCCAAAGUUCUUGGACAAGUUCCCUAAUAUCACCAAGAGACUGAAGAGACCCGCUGUAGCACUUGUUUCAACGAAUGGCCCAUGGAUCACGUUCAUGAAAUUGAGGCUAGACAGGGUUUUACAAGAGAGCUACGAGGCUGACAGUGUAGAAGAAGCUUUGGCAUGUACUCCUGUUAGUAUUGAAUUUGAAAAACCGGAAAAAUGGACAGCACCAUACCCAAAGUAUGAAUCCGGGUGGUGGGACUCAUUCUUGCCCCCUGGAUCUCAGACGUCAAAGCUAUGAUUAGCAGACGUCUUAUG